AGGCGAAGACAGCGGGAGAUUGCGGGAGAUUGCGGGAGAUUGCGGGAGAUUGCGUGCUCCUCGCUCGAGAGUCGGACCACCUCGAGGCGAAGACAGCGGGAGAUUGCGGGAGAUUGCGGGAGAUUGCGGGAGAUUGCGUGCUCCUCGCGCGAGAGUCGGACCACCUCGAGGCGAAGACAAGACAGACCGUCCUCUCCCCGCCCUCCCUCCCCGCCCGCCCCUCCCGGCCCUCCCUUUCCAGGCCCGCCCCUCCCCGCCCGUCCCUCCACUCCACUCCCGCCCCACCCUGUGCGGCAGCCGGUCGGCAUCCUCGUCACCGACGACGGCUCGCCACGCGUGGCGCGAUACCGGCGGCUACAAGCCGCGAUGCGGCACUUCGUCGCAGCGGGAGUCGCGGCGCGGUGCCAUGGCAUGCCACCACCAGAGGAGGCAGAGGCGCGCCUGUCGCCCCUCUGCUGCACGAGCCUCGAGGAGGCGCGCGGCUUUUGCGCCGCCGCCACGCCGCACGCCUGCGCCGCCGCCACCGUCGCAGCCAUCGAGGCCGCAGCCGCGGGCGGCGCCGAUGACGGCGCGGCAGAGACUCUCGCUGCGCUAAACCGCCCCGCCGACAUGGCUCGAGGGCUGCUCCGCUGGUUCUCUUGGGUCGGGCGUGAGCCGGGCAUGGCGGUGGCAGCGUGGGUUUCGCAGCACAUGUCCUAAAAUAGCGCCGCGCCGCCGAGAUAUUCGUUUGUACGUGUGGGGGUUGCGCUGCGCAAGCACUGCCACUGGCGGGAGGGAGGUGCUGCGCCUACAUAAAGUCGUGCAUCAUGACACAUCCACAUGUG